AUGCGAAGAAACCUCCACAACAUGAAGAAAAGCUCACGCGUGGCGGAUGAGAACAUUUUGACCAACGAGAACGGAGCAGAAUUGCCUAUUGUUGUAGAUAGGAGAAUGAGAUCGCGAGGAUGGAAUAAUUGGCUUUCGGUAUUAUACGGUAUUGCACGGGUUCCGACCUCGCUGCUUUCGUGCCUGUCGCACCCGCGUAUGAACGCAAUCGAUGGUGUGUGGGUGUCGAGUGAAUUGGCGCAAACGCCCGAGGUGAAUCAUCUCUUGGUUAGAGACAGCAUGAGAUAUGCCAUCUUUAUGUAA